AUGGUGAACACUGGCAAGCCUUCGACAGGAUGUGGUCGCUGCCGUACGAGGCGUAUAAAGUGUGAUGAGGGACGACCGGAAUGCUCCAGAUGCCUGAAAUACAAGAAGCCAUGCCCUGGAUAUCGAGAUCGGUUCGAUGACAAGCUUCGCUACAAACCGCGAACUCCACGCAAAAAAUUGACGGAAGAUAUCGUUCAAAGCCCGCUGGUUCCUCGGUCGCGGACCAGUAGCCAGAGCAGUGGAGCAGGAUAUCCGAAGUCCCGUGCCUCCAGCUCUUACGAGCAUUCGCUGGUCUUCUCGCGCCGGGCUUCUUCGCCUGAAUCAGUCAUUCACACACCGUUGAUGGAUCCCAUUGACCAGCAAGCGGAGUGUUUCUUCAUCGCCAAUUUCGUCAAAAUCGCAGAAGCUGGACCUGGCAAGGGUUAUCUGGAUUUUGUGAUUCCGCUGUUGACUGCGCCGCAGGCAAGUCGAUGCUUGCCACUUGCAUUUUCGGCUGUGUCUCAAGCUGCACUCGCAACAUAUCAACACUCCCCCAUUUCCCUAUCGAAGACACGAAUGCAGUAUCUCCAAGCUUUGAGUCGAAUCAAUCUCGCCCUCCGGGAUCCUGCCCAGGCCUUGGAUGAUUCCGUAGUGGCUUCUGUGCUCCUUUUAGCGAAGUUUGAGCAAAUAACACCGUCCGAGAUGGCUCUUAGAGGUUGGAAGUCUCACAUUGACGGAGCACUGACCCUGUUAAAGGCGAGACCAGCGGGGCGGAGACGAAGUCCUCAUGAAUCCGAUCUAAUGGCUGCAGUCCGGGAACAAAUGAUUCCACUUUCCAUCGCAAGAGGACUACCACUCGAUUCCGAGUUCGCAUGGAUAGAGUCUGAGAUUGACGAUCGGGAAAAGUGCUUUUCACAACUGAACGUCGACAUGUCGCAAUUACAAGCUGAUAAUAAAGUAGCUACAAAGCUUGCAGAACGAUCAAUAGAGAACAUUGAACGAGUCAUCAAUCUACUGCAAAGAGCCAAGCAUUUAGAUCAGCAAUAUGCAGACUGGGUCGCGGCUCUCCCAUCCUCUUGGGUAGUUCAAACCAGCGAUUGGAGCGAGUUUGAACCUUCCGACGUUGCCACAUCGCUUGUGCAUCCAGGCAGAGUUUACACAUUUGGAGAUCUGUGGAUGGCCAAUAAAUACAAUGUUGCACGCUCCUGCAGGAUCUUGAUAUGGUCAACAAUCUUGAGAUGUAUGGCGUGGCUGAAUGGCCCUUACGAUUAUAUGACGACGGAUGAGUAUUUAGAGGGUUCGAGGAAAUGCCGCAAUCUCAUCGAGGAUGUUACCUCGAGUAUCCCAUACUAUUUCGGAUGGACGCCGAAGACAAGUCCAGCAACAGCCAACUUGUUCGAGCACAGCGUCGAGAUUCAAGCAUCAAUGAAAGGUCGAGCAAGCAUAUUCCUGCUUUGGCCUCUGUAUGUUGCUGCAAGCUCAGACUUUGCAUCGCCUUCAGAACGCAAAUAUCUUCGCGGGAAGAUGAAAUACAUUGCCAACAAUCUAGGGGUCAAUCAAGCUGUGAUAGUGCUCAAGGAUGACAUAAAGCACCCUUCGCAUUCCAUAUUGCGAGAAGGCAAAACAUUUGAUAUUUGUCCAGCAUCCCGGCCACCUGAGGGGCGAAUUUGGUGGGAAGAGAACGUUCAUUCUACUCUCAAGCCUCGGCUCUUUAGCUCCAGCACUGAGCAGGUAUCAUUAGCAUGA